AAAGAUGAGUACCAAGCCCCAAAAUACCCUAUUGUUCUUUGCCAUGGACUUUCUGGAUUUGACAGAUUAAUCCUUGUACCAUCGUUAAAUCUCAUAUCAAACGUUGUAUCUGGUAAGAAAAUCGAGCCAGAGUUUCACAUAAAUGAUCAUGGUGGUGUAGCAUUAGAUUAUUGGUUCGGUAUUCAAGAAGCUUUACAAGCAAAAGGCUCAACUGUUAUUGUGGCGAAAGUGCCUGGGUUUGGAAGUAUAGAGGAAAGGGCUGAUGAACUAAAUCGUUUCAUUUCAAGAGCUACUGGGUAUUUAAGAAAACAAUCAAAAUCUGAAAUUUAUCACGAAGAUGCUCAUCCAGAUCAAGGAAAGGAGACUGAUGAAAGUUUCGAACAAAGACAAGAGAAAGUUAAGGUCAAUCUAAUCGCACAUUCUAUGGGUGGUCUUGAUUGCAGAUAUCUUAUCUCAAAGAUUGAAAAUAAGAAUUUUGAGGUUGUCAGUUUAACUACUAUAACAACACCACAUAGAGGUUCUGAGGUUGCUGAUCAUGUUGUGGAUCUUGCAAAGAAUCUUCCAGAAGAUAUCAAACUACCUCCAAGUAUCUAUCAACUCACUACAAACUAUCUGAAAGGGUUUAACAAAGAAGUUUUAAAUGAUCCAAAUGUUCAAUAUUUAAGUUACGGAGCUUCAUUUAUACCCAAGUGGUUCAACGUAUUUUACGGAACUUGGCAAAUUAUAAAUGAGAAGGCAGGUCCAAAUGAUGGUAUGGUUAGUGUGGAUUCUGCUAAAUGGGGUAUUUACUUGGGUACAUUGGUGAAUGUUGAUCAUUUAGAUUUGAUCAAUUGGACAAAUGGUUUUAAAAGGUUGAUGGGUCGUAUAUCACCUGGAGAUUUAGGGCCACAAAUUGAUACAGUUGCAUUAUAUUUAGAUAUUGCUGAUAAUUUAGCAAAAAGGGGACUAUAG